GCUAGAUACCACGCUCUUAAAAUCAUUCGAUCGCACUUUUGUAUUUGUCUUGUAGGUAUUGACCGCUAGUUUUACGAUGAGUGGCAGUAUAAUUUUUCGAUAUGUCGGAAGGAUUUCCAGUUUCCUUCGGGUAGAUCUAGUCGUUCUGGACCGAAUUCCAAAAGCCUUACUCCUCAGAUUCUGGGAUUCUGUCUGCUCUUGACGCAAGACCGAAAAGCUUGAAAAUUCAAUCGUCCAUCAAAUCAUACCUAAAGCGUGCGAAUGAGUAUGGUGAGUUCUUUCUUUCGUAAUGGGCCAAACGGAUUUCGACAGACACAAUGCUAGAAACAGAAAGAGAAGAAUUUGAACGGGGCCGAAAAUAUCUAGCUCAAAUUAUGGGUGAAGAUCCAGAAACCUUCACCCAGGAUAAAAUCGAUGAGUCCAUUCGGUAUCUCUUCCCAUCUGGAUUGUUCAGUCCCAAAGCACGACCAAAGCUAAAAGCAAGUGGACAUUUUGUUCUUAUAUGAUGUAUUCUUCCUCACAAACAGCCCCCAGAAGAAGUUUUCCCGAAGGAGAAACGUGAGUGUCACUCGUGCUCUAAUAUCCACAUGUUGAUAUUCCCACUAGGUCUUCUGUGUGAUGCUACAGGUCGUCCUCAGCACGACAUGUUCUACACUCGACAUCCGAAUUUCUAUUCUAUGAUGAAUGUAACGUCAUUUUCCUACUCCCUCAACGCCAUAUAGGAAGCAGCUUAUAAGUUGGAAUCUCUAAAGAUGGAAUACGACCGUAUGUAUGUAACGAAAGAUGCUAACCCGCUGAAAACCGUCGCCCCGCUCAUACUUGUAUCGACCGAGUGGUUCACUAAGCCCCAACUAGAGAAACAUCUGUCAGAAGAGAUAACAGACACACAAUAUGAACAGUGGCUUGUUUUGAUGAACCGAAUUGCAGCCCAGCCCUUGGCAUCAAUGGCCAACUCCUUCAUAUCGCGAUUCCGUGCUAAUCAGAUCGUUGUUGGAGCGACGGAGAAAUAUCCAGAUCCUGAAAUUGAUCCAGUCACCAAACAACGAUUUAUCAAAGCUUACGGUCAGAAGCGGCACUGUUUUGCAGAGGCUACCGUCUACAUGCCGGGGUCCGGUCAGUUCACCGUCAAUGGCAAGCGAUUACUAGAAAGGUUCCCCGAAUUGGGUAAUCGUGAACAGAUCAUGUUUCCAUUACAGUUGACUAAAACACUUGGUCAAGUGGACAUUGUGGCUACCGUUACGGAAACGGGAACCAGUUCUCCGGCCAAUGCCCUCAGACUUGCCAUUUCAAGAUGUUUGGCAUCACUACUUCCCCCAGAAACGGGCAGACAACGGCUUUGUGUGAGCGGUCUCCUGAUUCAGGAUGAUCGGUUCGCGGAGAGGAAGAACCCUGGUCAGAAAAAAGCUCGGAAGAAACCAAUCUGGUAG